GUAUUCUGUAUGAUCUGCUGACUACUAUUUUUGGUUGAUUCUUAGCUGGAAAACAUACUUCUCACACUUGCUACCUCCUCGGUUCUUAGCUGAUCAUGACACUGUCAAAAAAUUAGGUGAACAUUUUCACCAAGCAUUUUUUGUGCUCGUCAAAAGAUGUAUCGUACACACAUUGACGAUGAAUGGUCGUCAGUAAAAAAAAUUGUUCAGUGAAGAGUCACAUGGCUGCUGGAGCUAUAGAGGUGCAAGACAAUGAGUCAUCUCAUAGUAGCUUGAUAAGCGAUACAUUGAUAGAACAGCUCCAAGGAACUCGUAAUAUCAAUCAUAAUCAACUACUUGAUACAGUGCAGGCUAUAAAAUCAGAUCACAUUUUAUGUAAGUAUUCUGAUAUAACAAAAAUACAAAUCCAAAGAAAAUAUUAACUAUAUUACGCUUUCACUCCCAAAGCUUCACAGAAAGAAGAUCGGAAUAAUUCACAUAAAAAAUCUGUCGAAUUUGAGAGUCGUCGCCAAAUAGAAGAGCGUUCUAGUGAUAAAAAGGAAGCGUCACAAGAUAAAAACGUAGGAGACAAGAAACAACUAGGUGCUGAGAUAUCCGAGAAACCGGAUAAAGUAAAACCUUAUUCCAGCAUAUUGAAACCUGAAGGGUCGAGGAUAAGCGAAGAACAAAAUCAGAAACAAGUGGAUAUAGUGACAUCUCAAGCGGCGAACAAAGUUCAAGGACCUUCUAAUAUAUGGACAAACGAACAAAAUCAAAAACAAGUGGUUAUAGAGAUAUCUCAAGCGGCGAACAAAGUUCAAGGAUCUUCUAAUAUAUGGACAACCGCACAAAACCAAAAACAAGUGGAUACUGUAAAAUCUCAGGAUCCAGAUAUACCACAACAAAAUUCCACCAUAUUGAAGGCAAAUCGGGAUAUCAGUGAAAACCUCGUCGAACAAUCUGAAAAAUUGCGAAACGUAAUAGAUUAUAGUGAUUCGAAACAACUGGUUGAUUCAAGUGAAGUUGGUAUCACAGAACUUCCUCAAACUAUGGAUAGAUCUCAAAGUUCUUACUCACGUUUCGAUCAAGAUGACGAGUUGCCUACAAAAGAAGAUACCAGAACGUCUAACUACCGGCGACAGAGUUUGGAUGCCUUUCAAACAGGGCAUUCUUCUGGCGGUUUUGACCAGUUCAGAGAUGAAAUUGACCAAAAUUCGUCAAGGAGAUCAUCCAAGAAUGGACAAGCAAGAAGCUCAGUGGAAAAUGUAAUUGAUGCAGAAGGACAUUAUAGUGGUGAUCACAGACAUGGGAAACCAGAAUACCAAACACAAUAUGAUGAAGAAUGUCAUGGCAGAUGUAGACAUCAGACGAUACAGACUUGCCCAGGAUCGAUUCUGAAAAAUAUACCUCAUUCAUCUGAGAGAAGUUUCGAUUAUAAUCAGAGUUACAAAGGACGUCGAGAGAGGCAAUGUCCCUUUUCGGAACAAACCACCACAGCACCAACGUCUGGGUAUUCCAUCUAUAAUGUACCUAGUGAUUGUCAGAAGGUUACCUUGACCAGCAACAAGAAACUUCAAACUUCCGAGGAAAAUCUAUCUAAAAACAAUAUACGAUAUUACUGUACGAAUAGUGCCCGACCGAAGAGCAGUCAAACCGUUGAUUUACAAGAUAGCAGAGGGGAUACUAAUAUCAGAGAAUCUCCAGAGCCAGCAUAUCCAAAAUGUAGAUGUUGUCCUGUAAAUAGAGAAACAGAAAAAUCUGAGUAUCAAUAUUCUAAGGUUGCUCUUUCAGAAUAUAACCAGCCUCAAUCAGGAUGUUCUUGUCCGGAAGACAGGUCAGAACCAUAUUUCGAUAAAGUUGAUAGCGAUUACCAAGAUGCACCAGCAGAAUGUAGAUGUUGCUCAACAAUUCGUUCCAAACCAAUGCAGAAAUGUAAAUAUCAACAACCAAAGGUUCCAGGUAGUACAGAAGCGGAGGGACGUAGAUAUUGUGUUCCAGAUAGCUAUUCAAAUGAACCAGAAAGACCCGAAUGUUGUUCGUCAUGUCCUGGAUACACUUCCAAACGGAGGACAAGUAGAAGCAUAACGUGCAAUCCAUCCUUGACACCAAGAAGUAUCCAGUGCUCCCCAAGGUACCAUCCAUCAGAGGUUGGAGACAUUGAUCAGAAUGUGAUACCACUAUUACCUCCUUCACCGAGAAGGCAGAAUAGAAGAUGUAAUCGCCAACCUGUUCCAUGUAGAAGGAUGCCUCCAGUAGAACCACCUCCUUGGUGUAGUCCAGACUGUCGAAAACCCAAGUCAAAACCAAAACGAAAAUGUAUAUGCAGCUGUUGCUGUCGUGGAGAACUCGCACCUCCACCACCGCCUCUGCCUGAAUUCUUCUAUUGUCUCGAAGAAGAAGGUGAAGAUAUCUACGGAGAGUCUUCAGAUAUUAGCGAUGACGACUGUUUCUGCGAUGACCUUAGCAGUCCGGUGGGUCUCAGUUAUCAGGACAAUGAGGAAUAUCAGGAGCUGCUAAUGGAACUGGAAGAAGCUUUGGCAUGUCGCAAUCGCAACAGAGUUCGUCGGGCGAUCCAAGAAUUUGAACAUCGAAGCAGGCUCAAUAAGCCAUUGGAACGACCAAUCAUUGAUUACGAUGAGACUAGUAGGAGUGAGGAACCUCUGAUUGAGAAGUUAUCCCAGUUGAGGAACUCCAGGAAAAAUGGUCGUCAAAGGGAGAGGCUUGGUUGUUCAAGAAGGAGCCAAAGUAGAGGAGAGAAGGAGUAUCAACAAGAGGAGUACUCUAGACCGCUCUCAAGCAAAGGGCAGUACCGAACAGCAUCUAAGACAGAAGAACCGCGAAGGUCCAAGUGGAAGAUGGACGAAACAGGAGAGUGGUACAAAAGCCCUCGUUCUCUGAAGCGAAGCUCAAGAUCGUCAUCACCAAGAAAAGGUUAUCAUGAUGAUAUGUGCGCAUGUUGUGUGUGUAAGGUGUACAAUAGGACAAAAUAAAUUACUCUCUAUGAGCAACCUUUGUUCUUCUUAUAAGUGCAGCC